UGGCCUCUGACAGGCGGGCGUUCUUUCCGGGUGCCAUGGGAGGGCUCUGGGUUACGCGAUGGGCUCGCGUGGCUUUCUGUGGGUGGCCCUGGAACCACCCUGGAAACCCGACCAGGGCUGCGGAGAGGGUAGAGUCUUGUCUCAGGUCGGGGAGGAGCGGGACAGGGGGUGCUGAGAGGGAGCUGAGACGGCUCGGAACAUGGAGGCGCCCGAGCUUGGCUGUGCAGCCGCCGCGGCGGCCGAAGAGCACUAACCCUUUCACGCGCGCACAGGAGGAGGAUUGGCGGCGGCGGAACAAGACCGUCCUCACGUAUGUGGCCGCGGCGGCCGUGGGCAUGCUGGGGGCGUCCUACGCCGCCGUGCCCCUUUACCGGCUCUACUGCCAGACUACUGGACUUGGAGGAUCGGCAGUAGCAGGUCAUGCAUCAGACCACAUUGAAAACAUGGUACCUGUUAAGGAUCGCAUCAUUAAAGUCACCUUUAAUGCAGAUGUGCAUGCAAGUCUCCAGUGGAACUUUAGACCUCAGCAAACAGAAAUAUAUGUAGUGCCAGGGGAGACUGCACUGGCGUUUUAUAAAGCUAAGAAUCCUACUGACAAACCAGUAAUUGGAAUUUCUACAUACAAUGUGGUACCAUUUGAAGCUGGACAGUAUUUCAAUAAAAUACAGUGCUUCUGUUUUGAAGAACAAAGGCUUAAUCCACAAGAGGAAGUAGAUAUGCCGGUAUUUUUCUACAUUGAUCCUGAAUUUGCUGAAGAUCCAAGAAUGGUGAAUGUUGAUCUCAUCACUCUUUCUUAUACUUUUUUUGAAGCAAAGGAGGGGCAUAAGUUGCCGGUUCCAGGCUAUAAUUGAAGUCAGAACUAAGUCCUGCUUCAAAUUUGUGAUUUUUGAAAAAUCAUGUAUCUUCUCAGAGGAGAAAUAUUUAUAAUAAUGUGAAGCCUUCUAUUUUACAUUUUAUAUACUUACGGUUCUUUUUUCCCAACUAAGUUACCCUACUUAGAAUGUGUAACUGUUCAAAACCAUACUUAGAGUUUAAGUAGUAUUAGAAGAAACUGCUUUGUUUCUUAAAUAUGUUGGCAUGGACUUGAUGGUUCAGCUUAAUUCACUGGUCCCCUUUCAAAUUAUGAGCACUUCAUACUUGUAGCAAUGAAUUUUUAUUAUUAUUUCUAGAAUAGUUGGUUACUACUUUCAUUAUGAACAGUCACUAUUUUAAAAGCUCAAAAUGGAAGAGGAAUCACUAAGCCCUAACAGCUUGCCUAAAGAUUACAUUCUGAUUUCAAAUUUGACUGUAUUUUUCCUUUAAGAUCUAGGGCUAUUUUACAUUCAGAGUACUAAACAAGUACUUUGAAAUUUCAGUACCAUGAAAUUUAAAUAAAAUGCGUAAGUAUAUCCGGUAGGUUUCUAGCAUUUUUUGUGAUAGUUCCAAGUCUCCAAAUUUUAAAAUGUAAGUGGGAUUGUGAAGAUUUACUGACAGCAGAGUUCUUCUGAAAAAAGAUGUAUUGAACUGUUUUAGUAGUAAUUUAUGACAAACCAAAGUACAAUUUAUUCUGAAUGUUUUCCAGUAGUCUUUUUUCCAAAAAGAAAUAAAAAAGGAGCAUUUAGUAUUAUAAAGAAUUAUAUUUAAAGGCAAACAGUGUAGAAUCCAGUAACCUCUUGAGGGUACCUGAAAUAUUAAACUAUAGUCAUCAAGGCUUUUACAAUUCAUAAUCUUAAACAAGAGUAUUAUUUAUAAAGAAGUGCAAAUUGACUUUUACAUUCAACUUUAGUUAAAUGAAGGCACUCAGUAUUCUUCCUGAAUAAUAAUAGUUUUUCACAUUUCAUGCUUUCAUCUGUUAACAAUUAUUUUGUAAUGAAAGUCUUCAUCUACUCUUAUCCGAGCUCUUGUGAUGAUUUCUAAAUGUAGGAAGGUCUGAAACAUAAGGUGCUACACUUAAUCUGGUUGGCCUCAGUACCAUGAAUUUUUCUUCUGCUUAAGUUUUAAGUGAAUAUAUGUUACAACCAAGUUCUUUUGAGAUAAAGCUUGAGCUGCUGUCAGGAGCCAUAAAUGUUACUCUGGAACUGUUACUCUUCUGUUUAAACCUCAUUACUGCAGAGGAGAAAUGUUCCACUGUGGCUUUGACGUUCUGGAAGGUCUUAACUUCUGGGUCUCAAAGCUGGACAGGGUCUACCUUUAGGAGAAUUGGCACCCAUAAUGCUGCUAGUGAGCUGGUCAUCCACUUCCACCUGGAAUAAAAAGAAGAGUCAACCAUCUCCAUCUUUUCCUCUUUCCCCAUUCCUUGUAACUAGAGAGCCACAGUCUAGUAGAGGAAAGGUGGGAAUGUACUACUUCCAUGGGGGAAGGUGUGGAGGGAAUAAAUAAGGUUAAUAGGUUACUGGUGGCUGUGUGCAUUUAUUAGUAAAUAAAUGGAAUGAUUAGUAAAGCAAUAGAAUCCAGACCAAUCUAGACUAACAAUGAAUGGCUUCUACCAGUCCCAGCUAACAGGUAUUAACUGCACAUAAAAGACACAUCUGAUUCUAGUGCUAAGAAGUUUUUAUUGAUCAUCGGUUUUUGUUAGCAUUAACAUUUCUAUACCAUAAACCUACUUCUGCAUUCCCAAGAUUUAUAAUUUUUAGCUAACAUGGUCACAAAGAAUGUAUUUCAUUAGUGAACAAUAGUUCAUUACAAUUUGAGUGACUCAGAGGAACUUGUGUAAUAAUAUCUCACUCAUCAGAGUGUCAGACUGUGAUGGCCCUUACAAAAUGUAAAUAAUAAAUGUAGAAAGUGACAGUUACACUGAAAUCAUGUGGAAUGUAAGUUGCGUAAGUUGAAGCCUUUACCUCAACGGUCACUGUGACUUUGAGCUCCUUUGUCGUGGUGAACAUCAAUGUCUUCAUAAAUAGCUCUGAAACAAACAAGCCAUAAUGGCAAAAGGGUUAUAUAUCAAUUUCAAUGUACUAUUUUGGCUUUUAGCUGCCAACAACUUAACUAAAAAUCUGGUGCUAUUUUAGGUGUUCAGGAAAUCAGGCUAUAUCAGUAAAUAAAAACAAAGGUCUCUGUCCUGAAGCUUACAUUAUAACUUUCUUAGAUCCUAAUGCUGCUAUUCCCAUACAUCUUAUAAAUAUGUAUCUUAUGUAACCAUUUUACUUGUAAUUUAAUGAGAAAUAUGGCUCAAAAUUUGGACAGUUUGCUUCCUGAUUUAAAAAAAAGCAAAAAUUGUUCAGCUUUCCCUGGCUUUAUAAAAAACAUUAAAAAUUAAUAUUCUAGCUUAUUUAACGUAUGUUAUUACAGUCCAAACUCCUGAGCUACCUUUAGCAUAUAACUGUCAUCUUUGUGCUUUGUAUAUAGUCUUUUCUAUGACAGCCUUUGUUCAAUUCUUUAUAUUUGUCUUACAUAUGUCUGUAGAUAGAACAUAUCUAUACCUAGAAAUAUGACAUUAAUAUAUACAGUAUAACAACACAUGGCUAAGGAAAAAAAAAUCUCAUAAAAAUCACAGCACAUUGAAGGCAUGAUCCCUAAUCUCAAGAAGCCCCAGCAUGGUCCAGAAAUUUUAAUGUUUUUCUAAUAAGUUUUGUCUCUCGUUUUCCACAAAAGUAUUUCAACCUCCUUCACUCUAUUCAAAUCUCUGAUGCCCCUCCUCUCAGUCAGAAACCUCACAUUUUAGUAAAUUAAAUGUCUGGAUAUGGAAACCUCCUCAUGCUUCCAUCACCAAAUCUUCAAGUCUGUUUUCAUCUGCACCAUCAUCUACUUCUAUGAUCCUAUCUGUCUACCCCUAGGCUUCUCAAACACCUCACUCAUUUAGGUAUCUCCCUUCCUAAAUCUUCAGCCUCUCAUUCUCUACUAAAUCCUACCCCUUAGGAUUCACAGAUGUUCCAGCAUCUCCCAUUUUAUAAAAUAAUACAGUCCUUUAUCCCAUGUCUACUUAAUCACCUCAGUAAUCCUCUAGCUCCCAGGCCACUUUCCACAAUCCCUUCAUGUUUAAGUUUCUAUGUAAGUUACCUGUGCACUUACUGUCUAGUUCAUCUCUUACUUUUUAAUGCACUGAAAUUUGGUUCUGUCCCCAUCGAUUUACCAAAAUGCUUCUACUAAAAUCACCAAUGAUUUCCUGUUACUUAGUCCAUUAUUGAGUGUUUGUCUUCAGUAAUGUUUACCACAGUUGUGUACUCCCUCCUUUUUGUUUCCAAACUGCAAUUUCCACAUCUGGUAAUAGGUUGUUCCCCGUUGCUCUCUUUGCUCUUGGCUUUUCCAUUUUCUUGAAUGCGCCAAACUCUCUCCCCACAGGGUCUUUGUAUAAGUUGUUACCUGGGCCUGCAACACUGAUUCCCAAACUUGUCACACUAAAAACUGCAGGUCUUAACCUUAACGUCACUUCUCAGGCUUUCUCUACCCUCAUUUAAAUCAGUUCUUUCUGUUAUACACUGUCAAGUCGAUAUCUUUCACACCAUUAACACAAACUGUAAAUACAUGUUUGCCUGCUGAUUUAAUUUCUGCAUCCAUACUAGAUUUACCCUCCAUGAGUUUUAACACGAUAAAUUAGGCAGCAAUCAAUUCCCCUUGCACAUAGACAGUGUUCAGUCAUUUGUCAAAUGAAUGAAUCAUGUGUAUGUGUAUGUAUAUUCAUAAGUACUAUACUCUCUGUUCUGCUGGAGUAGAAAUUCUUAACCUGGGGUUCAUGGACAACUAGUGAUGUGAAUAUCCCAGAACUUUUCUGCAAGAUUUUGUGCUUUUCCUUAGGCAGAAGUUCCCUGGAUUUCAUGGAAUGUUCAAAGAAAUUGAGACACCCUACCCUCCUGAAAACUUCUGACAGAAGAUCCUAACAAACACUGACAACGAGAAACAAGCACACUGGUGUUCCAAUGCUACUCCCAAGUACAACAAAUCUAUACAUAACAAAAAGGUUUCCAAACUUCGAUUACAGGUUCAUUUACCUCAGCACUCAAAAUACAAUAUUCAGUGCAACACAAGCAUUUUUACAAUCUCCUAAUGUCAGUAAUAAUGGUAUCUGCCCUGAAUUUAUCUCGUGUAGCUUAAAAAUGUAAAUGAACUCUAAUUUUUCCUCUCUGUAUAUCUAUUUUCAGUUACCAAUAAAUCUUCAGCAGAUUCAUA